AUGGGUCCUAAGAAAAUUCAUAGUGAAAGUGCUAAACAUCAUGCUAUAACGCUGGAAGAUAAACUGGUUAUGAUAAAGCACCGUGAAAAAGUGGUAGCAAUUGCACGAUCUUUUGGGACGAGUUGGACAAUUGUAUUGAUGAUUGUACAUAAUACGGACAAAAUUUUAGCACACAUGGUUUUUAUUAACUAUGUAUUAUUGAAAAUGCACUCGUUAAUAAAGUACAGAACUAGGAAUGGUUAUUAUUGGUUUAGCCUAGAGACAAGUUUGGAAAAACAAGUUAAGCGGAAAAACGAGGAACAGGGCGAGAAAGGGGUACUUAGUCCUAAAGAAAAGGAAAUUCAACUUCAGGUAGAACGGGCCAAGCAACACAAACAAGAUGCCAGUUUGGAAUUGGAGAAGUAUUUAACAGAUAUGCAACAGUGCCAGGAGCAGUUGUCAAAGUUGUCUGUUGAUAGGGAGAAUACCUGUGACAAGAACUCGACUCAAUUGGAGAAGAUCAAGUAUGAUAUUGAUUUAUAUACUCACAUCACUGGAAUUCGUUGGCAAUAUGAUGGUGAAGCAGAUGAUAUCAAAGGCUAUAUUUCUAAACAUGGAUUUCUCAAGCCGUUUACUUUGAACAGCAGGAAGAAUUCAGGUUUCUUUGUGGCUAAUUACUUGUGGGACCUGAUGGAAGAGAGCUGAAAAUUUAAUACAUUCUGUUUUUAAUUUUUCCUAUUUACCUCUAAUUAAAUUUUGAUGUCUUACAUGCUGCCAUUAAAAUUGAGUUAGGGUGUCAAAAGGUUGAGUUUUAGAAAUGUGUGUGAGAGAAAUGUUUGGUUAACAUGUGAAAAUGAGCAUAGCUUUUAUCAGUUUUUGUGGUGACCAACUUAGAUUUAGGUUCUUCUCUUGUGAGAGACAUAAGGCAGUAAGUUUCCACCAGCAUGGUUGGAUCUGUGGUUGUUCUUUCCUGAUCUGUUCAACUGGUCCUUUUAAAUUUGAGGUCUUUCAGGAACGUGCACUGCCAAAGUAUUCUUGACUCUGUCCUUUUCCCUCUGUUUUUCUCACUCCAGUGCCAAUGUCAUAUACUGAAUGGUUAGCAGGUGCAAAAUGACUAUUUGACUUCUGGUAAUUCAUCUCUUUAUUUUUCAUCAUAAUCACCUAAGAAAAAUUCUGUCAUCACAAAAACAGUUUUAAAGAGUUCAGUGUGUGGAAAGAAGUAAACUUGUUAAGAAGGUAAAGUAAACAUGUGAUAUGCAUAUGCUUAGCAAGUGUACAAUGUAAGUGAUAAGUGAAAGAGCUUUUAGUUCAUUUUAUUUAUUUAAAAAAAAUUCUGUUUUUAUAUUUUUUAUGAGCCUCUUUGUUCUCUUCAAACAAACAUUUUGUGAUGUGUGUUGAAGCCAAUAGGACCAAGUUUAAAUUGAUAGCCUGAAUAGGUAGAACCAGUGACACAUGGCUAUGUAGAUUUGAAAAAAAAAAAAAAACUUGCCUAGAACCUGAUAUGUAAUGGAAUCUGUGAAUGAAUGUGGAAUGACUGUAAAAAACUGCACCAUAAGAAAGUUAUGUGAAUGUGAAAUGCAUGACACCCCAUUCUCUCUAUGUAUGUGUACCUGGAUGUAUUUGCUUCUCCAAAUGUUUUCUUUUUCUAUUUUCUUCCAAUAAGACAAAUUAUACUAUUCACUCACUCAGUCACGAGAAUAAAAUUCAUUUCACGCUUUCA